AAAACCGGUGCAUCGCGGAAACCGGCCAAACCAAAUCGAACCGAUCAGUUUUUUUUUUUUGACGGUCGAAAACGGUUUGGAUUCUGUCCAAGCCGCGCGGUUUGCGGUUUGGACAGUUGGCGAUUCGGUUUUGAACCGAACCGCCCAAGAAAAUAAUAAAAAAAAUUAUAAAAAAAUUAUUAUUAUAAAAAUUUAAUGAUUGGCAGCCCCAUCCUAUUUAUUUUUUACACUAUUUUGUUUUUAUUUUUUGCUCCUAUUUAUUUACAUUUAAUUGUCUUUAUUUACCAAUAUUUGUGUCUUUAUUUACCAUUUUUAAAUAUCUUUUUUAGUGAUUUUAAGUAACAUUUCAAACCGUGGUAAACCGCACCAAACCAGACUGCAAAUGCGGUCUGGUUUGGUGCGGUUUGGUAGAACCCAAACCAGACCGGUCUGGUUUGGUUGAAAAACCGCACUAGCGGUUUGGCGUGCUGAAAAUGAUUCAGACCGGCCAAAUCGCACCGCAAACACCCCUACUUGAGGGUGUUAUUUUUCUUCCAGGGUUAUAGCAGUUUAAUCCUUAGGAUGAAUUCUGGAGAACAGUUCACUUCAAUAUGUAAUGAGGUGUUUGGAAUGACUGGAACAGGAAAGCCUUUAAGGAAAGGGAGAUACAAGAUUUAGAAAAAGGGAAAAUUCUCUUUUUAUAGGUUGUCUGGGACUUUGGAUGACGAGCUUACCCAUGAACCCUAUAUGAGUCUAGGGGAAUGAAUCAAGGAUAGGUGGUUUUUUGUUCCUGUUGCUACAGAGCAUGAUAUGAUAUUGAACCUGACUCCUCAAUAGUGGUUGGGCAGUGACUAUAUGCAUUAUGUGAUAUGGUUGUUAUAGAUUACAAGGAGCAUAGAAGGUAGUAGAUUUGUGUUCUUCUAUUUGUAUAAAUUGUAAUUCUCUGUUCAAGGCACGAACCUCUGUGGAGUAAAGGGAGGUGACCACAUGGUCCUUGUUUCCAGCCAACAAUUUACAAGUCCAAGUGUUCCAUGUUGAGCUUCUUAGGUCCUGUCUCCAAACUAGGUUCUGUGGACGUAUCUUCAGAUUACAAAAUAUAAGGACACCAAGUGGCUUGGAGAAUUUCUAGUCAAGGAUAAUCUGUUCAGGGAACCUAUGAAGCAUUGUGCACAAGAUGGAGAUGGCGCACUCAGAAAGAGAGAUUGCAUUCGGGCGGAAACUUCCUUGUUCUCCCAAAGAGUGGUCAUAAUGUGCUUCAAUCACGUAUGGGCUUCAUGGUAGGUUGUGCAUGCUAACUUUAACUAAGUCUAGGUGAUCCAUGCAUCAUGUGAUGAAGCUGGCUCAUGGUCCCUCAGAUGCAAUAUUGUGGCAGUCAAGGAGUUUUCCACAUGGUGAUAAUGUUACAUAUACCCCCAACUCAUAAGUGCAAUGCUUACUUUAUGCAGCACCCUCACCAUGUUGGCAGUGCUGCUAUUCCUUCUGACUCUAUGACCAGCAUCAAUGUCAACACCAUAUAACUUCAUUUUGCUUCUCCAAAAGGAGGUUGCAGUGAGAAUCAUCAUCUGUUUCAAACUCCUAUGGGAAAGAGUCAACGGACUUUAUCAAUCUGUUUUAUCAUUCUUCCGAUCAGACUCAGAGAUGCCGGUGGACAAGAAAACUAAAGACCAGAAUGACAUCAUUCAGCAUCUUCCUGAAGAGCUGAUCGGUAACAUCCUCUCAAGGAUUCCUGCUGAAAUGCUUCAUAAAUCUGUCAGGUUCGUGUGCAAGCGUUGGGCUUAUAUAAUUUGUAAUCCCCAUUUUGUUGAAGAACAUUUUCGGCAAGCAAAAUCAGGCCUUUUGCUUGAGAGCAUCUCUUCUGUUGGGCGCUCUAAUUUCCUUGAGUUAAGAGAUGGCCUGAUCCAAUUGACUGAGAUAAGGCAUGACCAUCAACUAAGAGUAGUAGGCAGUUGCGAUGGUGUAGCUCUACUUAUUGACCUUGUCAACUUUUCAACGUUAUAUGUUGCAAAUCCUGUUACCAAGGAGGUGGCAAUGCUCCCUUCUCUUGAGGUGCCCAUGUUUCCUCUGCACUGUAGUAACCUUAUUGUUCGUGUUCCUUCUACUGGGGUAUACAAAGUGGUGCAUGCGUGUUUCUGUUCAAGGAAAUGUCAUUGGCUCGUGUUUACAGUUGGUACUGAUAAUGCAUGGAGAAUGUUCAAUUGUCAGCAGACAUUUAAUAGUAAAGAUGUAGACAUGGACAAAUUUCCAGUUCCUGUUGGACAGAUGAUUUAUUGGACUGGCUUUGAUUUUCAAGUGGAUGGAAUCACUUAUUUUCUGGGGAUGGAGAUGAAUGAUGAAACAACUCACAAGGUCCCCUUUCCAAAAACAUCUCGAGAACCACAUGCUUACCUGAGAAUGGGAGAUUAUCUUGCUAGCUUUUCAACCACUUCGGCGGAUAUGAAGUUUGAGAUAUGCGUGUUGAAAGACUGGCGCCGGGGAGAAUGGGCUCGUGUCUAUCAGGUUCAUAUGGAUAUUGAUAGAGAGCCUUUUCCUUGCCCAUUUGUGUAUUUCCCUGUGAUCUGGCUUAAUAACGAGGAAGUACUUGUUUUUGAGGGCUUGACAAUGGACAGCCAUUUUUAUUUCUUCUGUGAUGUGAAGAGCGGUGAGACAAGAUUUAUGAAUCUGGGCUCCUCCGACUGUUUCGCCGUUUAUCUUCACACCAACACACUUCUUUCCUGGGAGACGCCGAAAUAGUGCUUAUGUCCCGCCCCCUUUUUCCAGCUUUCAUGAACAGUUACCGAUGGUUUUCAGCCGUGUCAUACUAUUAUGGCAGAGAAGUUCAUCUCCCCCUUGUUUCUCUUUUCAGAAUGCGCAAACAAUAGCCGUUGGGUUUUGGUUUUGGCUUGCAUUUGAUAUUGAAAACUAUGCUGCCUUCUGAAAGCCAUGGUUUGGCAACCAAACUGGGUUGUGCGAUAUUGUGAUUUUGUUGGUGAAACUUUGCUGAUGAAAUAAAUGUUUUUGGAGGCUGGAUUUCAUGGUGGCAA